ACCCACCAACCCCACCGUCCACGUGGAAACUGCUCCCUCCCUCCCUCCUUUGUUCCUUUUCCCUUCCAGAAGGCAUCCGAAGCCAGCAGAAAACUCGCUGAUAAUAAUAAACAUCAAGCUGGUCUUUGACGGCAAGUAAGAGUGAUACCAAACCAUCCAUUCCGUUCUCGAACUGUCGCAAUCGGUAAUUGAUUCUCGUCGGUUGCGGCCAUGUCGGUGUCCUGCGGGUUAGAGUGCGUGGUCUGUCUCGGAUGCUCCCGGUGGGCGUGGAAGCGGCUGACGUACGUGGGCUCCUACGACAGUGAGUCAUGGCCGCCGGCCGCCGCCGACGAGUUCGAGCCUGUGCCCCGCGUGUGCCGCGUCAUCCUCGCCGUCUACGAGGACGACCUCGAGCACCCGCGCUUCCCUCCCGCCGGCGGCUACCGCAUGAACCCGGCCUGGGUCGCCCAGCGCGUCACCUACGACCAGACCGAGGGCCGCUGCCCGCCUUACAUCAUCUACGUCGACCACGACCACCGGGAAAUCAUCCUCGCCGUCCGCGGCCUCAACCUGGUCCGCGAGAGCGACUACAAGUUGCUCCUCGACAAUCGCCUCGGCCGCCAGAUGUUCGACGGCGGGUACGUCCACCACGGCCUCCUCAAGGCGGCCGUCUGGCUGCUCAACCGUGAGACGGAGACGUUGAGGGAGCUUCUGGUCGAACAGGGCCCCGGGUACAAGCUGGUGCUUGCCGGGCACUCGCUUGGAUCCGGGGUGGCCGCGCUGAUGACUAUACUUGUUGUGAAUCACCGGGAUCGGUUCGGGGGCAUCCCCAGGAGCCAGAUCCGGUGCUACGCCCUCGCGCCGGCUAGGUGUAUGUCGCUGAAUCUCGCCGUCAAGUACGCCGACGUCAUCCACUCCGUCGUGCUGCAGGAUGAUUUCUUGCCAAGAACUCCAACACCCUUGGAGCAUAUUUUUGAAUCAAUCUUCUGCUUGCCAUGCUUAUUAUUUUUAGUUUGCAUGAGGGAUACAUUUAUUCCAGAAAAGAGAAAGCUUAAUGAUUCAAGAAGGCUUUAUGCACCUGGUCGAAUGUAUCAUAUCAUUGAGAGAAAAUUUUGCAGAUGUGGGAGAUAUCCUCCGGAAGUAAGGACUGCCAUUCCAGUAGAAGGAAGAUUUGAACAUAUUGUGCUAUCAUGUAGUGCCACAUCUGAUCAUGCAAUUCUUUGGAUAGAACGAGAAUCACAACUGGCUUUAGACAGAAUGAAAGGAAAUGCUGGGGCCACGGUCCCACCACUGCAGCAAAAGAUGGAGAGGAAACAGAGUCUUGAACGAGAACACAGGGAUGCCCUGGAAAGAGCAGUGACCUUGAAUAUACCACAUGCUGUGCCACCAACAGAGCAACCCUCUGAUGACACUGACCCCACACCUUCGGAGAACCAGGAUGAAGCAACCUUGCACAGUAAGCAGGAUGAAGCAACCUCACACAGUAGUUCAAAAUCCGGCAGAACAAACUGGGAUGAAUUGGUGGAGAAGCUCUUCACCAGGAAUGCUUCUGGCGGCCUUGUUCUGAAGAAAGACAUCAGCAUCGAUGACCAACGUUAGAGAUUUUCUCUCUCUUUUCUAGAUGGUGAUAUUGGAGUUUGUCUUGUUCCUGUGCAUUAUAGUUGGGCGUUAUGUAACUCUUCCCUGCCUUAAAAGAAUCUGUCCUUCGAUGCUGUGAUGAGUCCAGUCUCCGGGUUUUGCUUGGUUUUCCCAAACCGAAGAGGCAGUGAUGUACAAAAUGAGUCUGUAGGCUGGUCUCAUUCAGCUCCUGUUGUCGUAUUUUGUUAGCGUGCGUGGAACAGUUAAGCAUGUGAAAAUGACUAAUUUUUCUCCAUGAUUUCAUUAAGCUAUGAAUGAUCUUUUGAUUCUUGUA